AUGAGCGAAGGAACAGAAAUGUUGAAGGUCGAUCCGUCCAGAGCCGUAGCUCUGGCCUCGCAGCUCGGCAGCGUCAGUGAGCGCAUUGCCGCCGUGGCCCAGGGCAGAAGUGUCCGCCUUGUGGCCGUGUCCAAAUUGAAGCCGGCCAACGACAUCCUGGCCCUGUCACAACCACCCAUCUCACAACUGCACUUUGGCGAGAACUAUGCCCAGGAGUUAAGCCAGAAAGCAGAGUUGCUGCCGAAGAGCAUCCAAUGGCAUUUCAUUGGAGGCUUGCAAUCUGGCCACUGCAAGAACCUUGCCAAAAUCCCCAAUCUCUUCUGUGUAUCCAGCAUCGAUACGGCCAAGAAGGCGCAGCUGCUUGAUGAGCACCGGGGCAAGCUGAUCUCAUCGGCAUACCCGGCGACACCCGUCCCCAAGCUCAACAUCCACGUGCAGGUCAACACGUCGGGCGAGGACUCAAAGUCCGGGUGCGCCCCAGGCGACGAGACCGUGGCCCUCUGCCGCCUGGUCCGCGAGCAGUGCCCCAACCUCCACCUGCUGGGCCUGAUGACCAUCGGCGCCAUCGCCCGCAGCGUGGCCACCACGCCCGAGAACGAGAACGAGGACUUCGUCCGGCUGCGGGAGCAGAGGGACCUGGUCGCCAAGGAGCUCGGCCUCAAGCCCGAGGACCUGGAGUUGAGCAUGGGCAUGAGCGAGGACUUCGAGGGCGCAAUUGCCAUGGGAAGCAGUGAGGUCAGGGUCGGCAGCACAAUAUUUGGUGUCAGAGGGCCCAAGAGCGAGGCAAAGAUCACAGUUUAG